AGCCUCGGUCGCUGCUUGCCCUGCUGGCAGGAGGGGAGGCGUGCUGAAAUAAAGAGAAACUUGUUCUGUGGCAGGAAAGGUCACUUCUUCUGGCCGGGCAUUCCCAUCCUGGGAAGGAGACAGGAAGCGUAUUACAUUAAAGGUGGGACUGCUCUCCUCGCCCCUGCCGCCAUGCCGCCGCCGUGUCUCCGCGGGGCCCUGCCCGGGGCCUCCCUCCUCCUCCUCUUCCUCCUCCUGCCGCUGCUCUGCGCGGCCCCCGAUGUUUCAAGGGGAAAUAAGCUUAAACUGAUGCUUCAGAAACGAGAAGCCCCUGCUGCUGCGAGGCCUGAGGUGUCAGUGAAAGAAACAGCAGCCAAGGAGUUCCUGAGCAGCCUGAGACGCCAGAGGCGCCAGCUGUGGGACAGGAGCCAGCCCGACGUGCAGCAGUGGUACCAGCAGUUCCUGUACCUGGGCUUCGACGAGCAGAAAUUUGAAGACGACAUCUCCUACUGGACAAACCUGGGGCGUGCUCGUAACGAGUACUACGGGGGAUACUACCAGCACCACUACGAUGAGGAUUCUCCCAUUGGCCCGCGAAACCCACACACCUUCAGGCACGGAGCAGGCGUCAACUACGACGAUUACUAAUGCCAUUUAUCCCGCUGCAGCCGGUGCCUGCAGGGCUGCACUGGGCGAGGCUGAGCCCCCCUCGGUCAGAACAACCCCGCUUCUUCUUCUAUUCAUGUCAAACAGCAAGAGUAAAGGAACUGCCAGACUUUGGUGAAAGCAACACGACUUUUUAAAACUAUCAUUACUUAAUAGUACACUAUAUAUAUAAAGUGUUAUAGAAAUAAAGCUUUUUUGAUAAUCA